UUUUCAGAUCUCUUGGGGAUGGAGUCUCGCAAAAGACAGCUCCAAAAUGUCAAUUCAGAAUCACACGAGCCGAAACGUCUAAAAGAGGAAUUCAAGGGAACCGAGCAUGAUGGAGACAGCGUUGACUCGUUCGAGAACUUCUGUCCGACAGCUUCCUCUCCAAAAGAAAAAAUCAGCCCGAGGUCGAGAAGUGAAAGGAUACAACUUCAAGAAUGCGACGAUGACGAUUCGUUCGAUGCACCAGUCAUUAGUUCAAAACCUCCGGCUUUACCGAAAGAUAGCGGAGUUUCUGGAUUCCCAUGCCUCUUCGACGAUAAAAAUGUGAUACAUCUAACAGCUCGAAAAGGUGAAAAAAGAGACGAUUGUCUAGAUUUGGAGUGUAUAGACAAAGAAGGGACGACUAGGAUAGUCUAUUUACAGGAUCAUUGGUCGGAAAUGAGCAUUGAAGCAGGAUCCACGAUUAACCUGAUCGGAGCUCAAGCAUGGGGAGAUCGUGAUUUCCUUGUCAACGAUGACGUCGGAAUCGUGAUCUUAAAUCCAGACGCACUUGUCCCGUGCACAGCCGUCGCUUCAGCCACAUUUUGUGCUCGAAAAACGGUGCUAAACGACAAGUUUAAGUUUGGAAAUGCCUCGAACAAAGCAAUGCUUCUCGGAACCAUUAUGCACGAGAUAUUCCAGACAGCAAUCACGAGCAAAAAGCGACCUGUAAUGGAAAACGAUUUGAUGAAAAUUUGGAACAAGCAGGCUCCAAAGUAUGCCGAAGAGCUUGUGGCGCUCUCCUUUACUCCAAGCUGUCUGGACGCCGAGCUACAGCCUUACUUUUCGAUAAUCUGUGGCUGGAUCAAUAAACAUUAUCCACUUUCUAACAGCUUCUUCUCGAAACGCGAGCCUCUGCCGUCAAAAUCGGAGCUUCUCGAGGUGUACGAUAUUGAGGAGAAUAUAUGGGAUUCAAAGCUUGGUUUGAAGGGGAAGAUCGAUGUGACGAUGCGAACAAAGUCGAGGGGAGGAAUGGAAUCUUUGGAGUUGAAAACUGGCAAGAGCAGUUGCUCCAGUGAGCACACUGGUCAGGUUCUACUCUACUGUAUGAUGCAGUCGUCUCGAUACGAGCAGCCUAUUGGACCCGGAAAUAUUCUAUACCUUAAAGACGGCGCCUCCCAUUGUGUAACCCCGCGGGCUGCAGAUCUUCUAGGCGUUCUACAGCAACGGAACAAGCUUUCAGUACACUUUGAGGAUCCGACUACAUCAAAUCUUCCAGAUCCACGUCAAGACAGCAGAUUUUGCGACAAAUGUGAUCACAAGACGAUGUGCUCAUUCUAUCAAAAAACCGAGGAGAACUUCUCGAAAUCCAACGAUAAAAUGAAGAAUUUCGCCGAGAAUGAGAUGGCUCAUCUGGAGCAGAAUCACAUAGAAUACGCUGCAAAUUGGAUCCGCUGGAUUUCAGCAGAAUGGAAGUGCGAACGAGAGCGAAUGACUUCUCAGAACAAGGAUCUCUGGCUCAAAAGUGUUCAAGAAAGAGUCGAAGAAGGAACAUGCCUGUCUGACCUGCAUCCUGUCUCCGAGGAAAUGUCCAAUUCGCAGAAGAUUAUCAUCAGUUUCUCGCGGAAAUUUUUGAAAUCUUCAAAUACCCCUACAUUCCGCCCGGGAGAUGUCUGUCUGUUGUCGAAUAAGAAGCAUAUUGCUAUUGGAUUCGCGUUGAUUGAUGAAGUAUCAGAUGAUCAACAAAUUGUCAAAAUUUCCACCGAUAAAACUAUAAAAUCUCGCUAUGAAGCUCCGUUCCAUCUGGAUAAAUACACAAGUAUGAGCACUCAUUCCACGACACUCGGAAACCUGGUUUAUUUAUUGCAAAAUGAUGAAAUUGGAAAACGACUAAGAAAUAUACUCGUCGACCUGCUUCCUCCAAUCAUAAUGGAUGCUACUGGUUUUAAUUUAACUCCAGCCAUCAAGAAAAUCAUUAUCAAGGCAAAGCUGAACAAUGAACAACGGAAAGCUGUAGUUCACGCCCUGGCAACUGAAGAUUUUAUGAUGGUGGAGGGCCUGCCAGGAUCUGGAAAAACGACUCUAAUCUCUGUGCUCAUUCAAUGUCUGGUAGCCACAAACAAGAAGGUCCUUCUGGCAGCAUUCACCCACUCGGCUGUUGAUAAUAUAUUGACAAAACUGACAAAAGAGGUGGCGGCUGAAAAGAUUCUCCGUCUUGGUAGCAGCUCUUCGAUCAAGGAUGACAUCAAGAAAAUGACUUUGAAAGCGAAGCUUGAGAAUGAGACUUCUGAAGAGUACUAUGCGGCAGUGAGAAAAGUCAUGAAAACUACGCCAAUCGUCGCUUGCACCUGCCACCACGUCCCUCGCGAGCUUCUAUUCUCCUAUCGCCACUUUGAUGUUGUGAUCGUUGACGAAGCAUCCAUGGUUCUAGAGCCCCUCCUGCUCCCAGUUCUCGCCACAAGCAACAAGUUCGUACUCGUUGGAGACUGCAAGCAGCUGACUCCGCUGGUAGUUUCAAGAAAGGCGAAGCAAGAAGGAGCUGGAAUUUCGACGAUGGAGAAGCUUCAACAGUCUCAUCCGGGCGUCGUCGUCUCGCUCACCUCACAAUAUCGAAUGAAUCGGGAGAUUUCUGUGCUGUCCAGCAAACUUUUUUACGAGAAUCGAUUAAUUUGUGGGAACGAAUCGGUUUCGCGGAGCUCUCUGGAUAGGACUGGAGAUUAUAUUGUCGCGAUGGAUGAUGGUUCAGAUCACAUUCGAAAAGCCCUUUCAGGAGAUAUCAAGGAUUCCUGCGUCUUCCUGGACACCCAGAGCACAAUUAAUUCGAAAAUGCAGUGCGAGGAUGGAGAAGGCGGUGGAAUGUGCAAUGAUGGAGAAGCCAAGCUCAUUUCAGAGCUGUGCCAGCAGUUUGUAAUGAGUGGUGUAAAGCCGCAUGAAAUCGGUGUGAUGUCCGCCUACCGUAGACAAGUCGAUCAUAUUCGAGGAAUUUUAAAUAGUGAUGAGUUGGAGGUCAACACAAUCGACUCGUACCAAGGACGCGAGAAACGUGUCAUCAUCUGGUCACUAACCUGGACUAACAACUCGACGAAGAAAAGCGAACUGCUCAAGGACGAGCGUCGUGUCAAUGUGGCGCUAACCAGAGCCCGUCAGAAGCUAGUCGUUGUCGGAUGCAAGAACAGCGCUGAGACGAUUCCAGUGCUUUUUAGAUUCUCACAAUUAAUUGAAAAUCAUAUUUCUAUUCCUACUCAACUGUAAAAUUCCCGCCUUUUUUACUCAUUUAUUAGAUUUCUCACUGUGAAUUCAUAUUACCGGUAACAAUUAAAUAUUUAAUUUUAAAAAUCAAUUAGCUCUUCCUAUCGGAGCCUGCGGGUAGAAGGUUAACUUUGGCAUCACAGGAAUUGUAUUCAACAGGUGGUUGAAUGCGGCAAAUCUUUGAUUUCUGGCUGAAAAUUGGAAGAAAAAACAUUUUUCGCGGUGAAUAAAAAAACCCACGUCUUAA